UUGAGUGCGCAACAAAAAUUCGAAAGUAAAUUUAUACCGCAUACGUGAAGUCCAAUCGAUGUAGGCAUUAAAAGAUAUUUCACCCACAUUCAUAGUGUAACGAAAAAUUCUAACAUAAAAAUUCUGCCAAAAAAGCAGUUAUAAUCAGAAAUUAAAAAAGAAACAAAUUCUUGCAAAUAUUAGUGAACGAAAUUCCUAAACGUGUUGCUGCAUGAUUUGCAGCGAGUAUUGCGUGUAAUCACGGCCAACACAUUUAAUAUAAAUAGUAUUAACACAUAAAAGUGAAGGAAAUCGAUUUUUCGUGCGAGAUAAACUAAAAUUUGGGUCACCUAAAUUUUCAAUACGGUUCCGUACGGUCAAAUUACAUUGGUAUUUAUAAGGUGGUCAGAAGGAGCCAGAAGAAUAAGCAAACAUUUAACAAGCAGAAUCCAGAGAAUUUGCUAAUCAUAACGACAACAAAAAUAACUAUUAAAUAAAUCGAAUAACGAAUCCGACAAAAAAAGUGCAUUGAAAAAAGUACGUAAAAAAGAGAAAUAAACAAAAUUGCAUAUAAAUAAAAAUAAAGAAUUAAUAUAUUCGUGAACGCAAAAAAAUUAUUAACCUGGUGUCUAAGAAAAAUUGAAAAUUUCAUGUAUUUAGGUAACCGUUAAAUAUUCAAAUAGCUAAAAAAACAAAAAAAAAAAAAAAUCAAUUUGAUACCUUAUCCACCAUAUCUGUGUAUAUAUUGUACAACAGCAAAAAAUCACUUAGUUCGACCGAUCGUUCAGCAUAAACUUUAAAAGGUUCGCUCAAAGUAAACCUCCUUUCCGUGGCAUUAUUGGAUUAUGCUUUUUGUGGAUUUGACAUAAAUUUGAAAAUAUCAUAAUGUUGCAUUUUUCAACACGCCGCCGUGGAGUAUUUCUAUCUCCAUAAGCAUUUAAAUCGACAAAAAAAAAAUAAAUUAAAUAAUAUAAACAACUUAAAUUUGUGUGAGAAAACGAAAAAUUUACUCAAUUAGAAUUUAAAUAAAAAAAUUAAAAAAAUUUUGUAAACAUUUCUAGUCAAAUCGAAAGUACUACAAAACAAAGGCUAGUAAUACACACAUAUACAUAGAUAUCAUAGCAUUCAAUAAGCAUAGGCCAAAGAGGAUAACAACGCAACAGGCAAGAGGUGAAAGAGCGUAAGUCGUGUUGAGCUGAACGGUGAAGCUAAGUAAAAGUAAACGCAGUGUGAAUAAUUGCAAACCAUCAUUACAAUAUAAAGAAAAAAACAAAUAUAUAUAUAUAUACAUAUAUAUAUUGUAUUUUUUUAAGCAACCGCAUAAUAAUCGUGAUCAGCAAAUCGUCUAAAAAGCAAAUUUAGUGAGAAAAAAAAAAAGAGAAUAAUGCCAUACAAUCGUGACACUUUGGCAGCUCAGGCCGAUAAAUUGAGCGGCAUUGAGGAGGAGACCGAUUUGUAUGAGGGCUUUUCACCGCACGUCGACACAUCGGAGAUAAAAAGUUUGGAUUUCUAUACUCAAAAGCCUUCAACUGGCAAAGAACCAGCCUUGCGUUCAUUCACCGAGAUCCAACAAUUACUUCAGCAGGGCAAAAAACGUGAUGUGAAAAGUAUUUUACGCGAGAAUUCAUGGCCUAUUAAUUCACCCAUACGUGCACAAUUAUGGCCAGCAUUAUGUGCGCAACAUCAGACGAAGCAGAAUAUGUUGGAUGGUUUCUAUUGGGACAUGGUGCAUCAGGUAUUUGGCACAACAGAGCUCUCUGACAAACCAAUAAUGCUACCCGCCUUCGUGGAUCCCGCUCAUUGUUUAACCUAUCACCUAACGCGCACUGGGCGCUCUGUAGCUGAUCGUAUUGUAAAUGUAUUAGGUUAUGACUGUCCCGAUAUUACAUACAGUCCAGUAUUGUAUCCGAUUACAUCGAUUCUGCUGCAUUUCAUGUCGGAGGAGGAAGCGUAUCAUUGCUUGGCGGCGUUGGUCGGCAGCAAAGAGAAAGUAUUUAUAAAACAAACCAAAUUACAACAUGAAGUCACUUGGAAAACUGUGAUGCAAAUUGCCAAAAAACAUAGCAAAAAUGCCGUAACCUAUUUUCAACGCAUCUGCCCUGGCGUUAAAUUGGAACGCGUCUUUAUGGAUUGGUGCUGGUGGAUAUUAGCUGGUCUACCAUUUCAGCAUCUUGUACGCAUUAUGGAUUGUUACUUCCAUGAGGGCAUUAAGGUGUUGUAUCGUGUUGCGCUCGUGAUAAUCAAUCUCUUCCACAAAGAGUGUCAAUCCAACAACGAAUGGAGUCCAGAUAAUAUUAAAAAUGAUAUUGGUAAUGCGUUGAUUAAAUUCUGUAAGAAGAUACCAGUGUCACCAACGAAAUUAUUGCAUGCCGCAUUUAGUAUUAGGGGAUUGAGUUCCACAUAUAUUUCUAGAAUAUUUAUGAAGACUGAAAUGAUACUAAAGAGUCGUUCUGUUUUGAAUAACGGUUCGAAGCAAUUAGUUAAGUCGCGAUCCAGUGAUAAUUUGCCAUCGAGUCAAUCACAAGUCAAUAUACAAAUGAUGUCGCAUACAUUGACCAUACGUGAGCGAUUGUACACCGAGACCUGUCGCAAUUUGGGCGAAAAGUCGCCUGGCCAUAGAGCCGUCGCUAUGGGUGUUUAUCCCAUACACAAUCUCAAGAGUCUAGUUUGUUCCAGCGAAGAUCUCUUUACACUCUGGUCGUGGCUGCCCGUCAGAAUAACAAUGUAUCAACCGGUACUGCUCUACACCACUGAGGAACAUGGCUGCUCGCUGACCACCUUCUACGUACGCGUUGAACAGCAUGAGCCAACGUUAAUGAUGAUCAAAACGUGCAAUAAUGAGGUCUUCGGCGCUUACUGCUCAACGCGUUGGUUUGAACGCAAUGUCAAAGAUGACAAGGGCCAACGGCAGGCCUACUUUGGCACCGGUGAGACCUUCCUUUUCUCCCUCUAUCCGGAACGCGCCAAAUACCCUUGGGUUGGUAUUGAGAAUGAAAAGGAUUUGGGUCAUGCGUCGGAGUUGUUUAUGGCAGCCGAUUCGAAGAUGAUAACGAUUGGUGGCGGUGAGGGUCAGGCCAUUUGGAUGGAUGAGAAUAUACGUUUUGGUAAAACGGAUAGCUGUAAAACAUUCAACAAUCCGCCAUUAUGUCCUUCGGGUGAUUUUGAAAUACGUGUGCUUGAAGUGUAUGGCUUUGAUGGCGUUUAAGUGACUCUGUAUGUACGCAAAUACACACACACACACACACAUACACACAUGCAAAUACAUACUCCUACCAACCAAAAAAAAGAAGAAAAAUUUUAAUCGUACAUACACACACACACACACCUUCCCGAAAUGUAUGUGCCACUAAUUGUAAAGCAUUUAUUGCUCGCAAUGGCUCAAUCUAGGCGUUAAAACGAUUACUAUACAUAUGUUUUUGUUUGUUGUAAUUCGUUUUCUUAUUGAAGACAAUGAGAAAGAGAGAGAGAGAGAGUGCUCUUUAUGUUGACACUCCUGGAUGCUUAGCAAAGAAAAACAAAAACGGAAUGCUGCGCAACCAGGAAUGUAUGUAACUGGUUGCGGCCAAAACUGCAAUUCAAUGCAAACAAAAUUACAAUAUAUGUAUGUAUGUAGUAGGAACAUGAAAUUCAUACAAGAAUUGCCCGCCGAGAAAGUCUUCUUUACGAUUGAACGACUGACGGAAUGUAUUGACGGACGGAAGGAAAGCUUUCCAAUAGGUGAAGUGCAGUGAGUUAUUUCAAGGCGCAGUAUUUUACGUAAUUAUUAUUAUUAUGUUACAUAUAA